GCUGCAAUCGACCACAGCAAGCGACGACUCUUGCUACCUCCUGCUUUUCGUCCUCAUCGCCAUUGACGACGUCGGCAAACAUAACUGACCCCUAGCACUCAAACCUCUCACCGAAGUAGUCAGCUGCUGAUCGAAUUGAUCACGAUGCCAGCGCCAGUAGCGGUGUACGUCGUUGCAGCUAUUGCAGGUGCUGCUGCUCUUGUUGCUUUUCAUGAGUUCGUCUUCGAACCCCACAUCGCCCCUGCCAUGGAGCGUUGGGCAGAGGAUUUCCUUGCAAAGCGUCGUGCUCGACGUGGAGGUCCUAUUAUUGUGCCAUCCACCAGAGGGUCUGGGGAUGGAGACCCGGGUCCCAGCGGUGCUGAUCCGAAGAAAAGGACUCCUGCGAGAGAAGAAGAUUCCAUCGAACUGGAAGGCCUCAAUCUCGAUCUCGUUGACCAGUGGCGCAAUAGGGUGCAUCGCACCGCCCAAGAUGCGAAUGUAAGGCGGAGAGUCAGAGCAAUCCCUGAUACAGAUGAAGGGGGUAUAUCUACCACAAUAGAUGAUUCCUUUACAUCCCUCACGCACACUCCGGUCGCACCCACCCACGUCAUCUCCAACGUCUCCUCCCCUUUCACAGAAACGUUAUCUGUAUCCACCCGCACGCCCAUCCGUGCCCACUCCCGAGCCUCUUCCCACACCGCAAGUGAUGGUGAGCGCGAGGGUAACACUACUAUAUUUUUUGCUCCGUCUUCCCACUCUUCUUCACCCCCUCCUAGCCCUCCAUUCGGCCCCAUCCUCCCCGACACCCCCCGCACAAGCGCCGCCUAUCCUGCUCGCCCAUUUUCCCCGGUUGUGCGCACGCCUGUGCGCUCCCGCACACAGUCAAGCUGGUCUUUGCGCUUGGAUACGAAUUCGCGCAUCAGGGUGGAUGUACAAGGCAGGCGUGUAGACGUUGACGUUGACGUCGAGGACGAACACGCCAACGUCAAUAUCAAUAGCAAUACCAGCGCGAGUAUGCACGAGAAUAUGAGUGCAAACAUUAGCGUUGUGGAAUCACUAUCAGAACGUUACCCCGCCGCGGUCACUCCGCCUGUCCUGCUCUCCCCGCCCUUAUCACAGAGUGUCCUCUCCUCCCCAAACACAGACGUCCUGAGCCUUGGGAGCAGUGGCAGCCGCUCUGGCUCGCCAUUCGCCGUACUCUCUCCACCCGAGCAGCGCGCGUCCCUCUCAGGUGCUGCAAGCUCUCUGUCGCCCUCGACGAUGAGCGAGGAUGAGUUUAUGUCGUUUGGCGAGGCGUCAGAUGCGGAUGGGGAGGAAAUGUCGGUGUCGCGAAUCGGAAGUGCGCGUUUGCAUAACCCUUUUUCACACUUUGACGAGGGAAGUGAUUUUGAUAGUGGCAGUGAGGCCAGUAGUAGUGAAGGGAGUUGGGGCCGGGUCAGUGCGGGGCGGGGCUGAUCCGGCCACGUCCUCGUCAGAUUUUCGGAACUGGAAGGAUGGCGGAGUAGCAUAUGUGUGGUAUCGGGAAAGGUUCGCGUCUACUCAGGAUGCAUUGAUAUACAUGGGAUUUGUUGGUGCGGUAUUAUUGUGUUCCUUUCCCUUUUUGUCUCUAUCUGGUUCUCUAUUUUGCUCCCAAGGUUUUGUACUUGUCUUGUUCUGUCGUUCUCAUAAAUUUGUGUUGUACAUCAUUCCACAGAUUAAUCACACUGUAGAAACAGACAUUUGAGCUUGAGCCACCACCGCCACUUGAACCAACCGCUCAUAACUAUAAUGUCUGGUCAAAGUGCAGGUCGACACUAUGCAUAUAUAGGUAAAUCUGAUAAACGAGUGCUGUUGAAGUGGUGGUGUCAAUUACGUAAUCAUUCACUUGCGUU